AUGGAGACCCAGCGCUGUGGAUUAAUUGGCCUAAAGUUGGGCAUAUAUCCCAUGUGGACUAAAAAUGGCGAGAAGAUACCGGACAACCACGCCAUGCGCUACAUCCCUCCCUCCGAUUUGGAUAAGUAUUUGAGUCUGAAGGACCCUCGUGGAGACUGGUUGACUAAUCGUCACGUGCCCUCCUGGGUGAAUCAGCGGCGUUGGGGUCUGCAGUUGGUUGGCGCGAUGUCGGCUGACCCGGCUGAGUUUACCCCCGAGUGGUGUGGUCUUUUCACCUCUUUGGGCAUUCCUCCGAAACGUAGAAUAUCCCGCUUUAUGGUCAGUCCUGACGCUGCUCUUGAUCCAGGCACUCCCCUCACGAUUAAUCACUUUCGCGUUGGUGAUUAUAUCGACGUAACAGCAAGAACAAUAAACCGUGGUUUCCAGGGCGUAAUCGAACGCUGGGGCAUGAGUGGAGGUCCUGCAGCCCACGGCAGCACCAAAUUCCAUCGAAGAAUCGGUAGUCUUGCGGGUGCAGGUAGAAAAGUUUUACGGGGUAAGAGAAUGCAUGGCGUAAUGGGGAAUCGGUUUCGUUCGGCGCGAGGUCUUCAGAUUCUUCGAAUGAACCCGCGACUGAAUUUAGUCUACUUAUCCGGCCCUACGCCCGGCCCAGUACACUCAUAUUGUCUCCUUCACGACUCUUGGUUGAUCAAUCGACGCCAUGAGAGGGAAGAAAAUCCCCCACCAAAUCCCACUUGGUUUCCCUCCAGUUUGCCCUCUGAGUCGACUGAGGCUCAAUAUGCGAGUGAAAAUCUUUUUGACGAAUUUGCUGAGGAUAUUUACUACCACACACUGCAUCGAUUUGACGAUCCGAGCAUUACGUUCGGGGAAGGUGAUGAAAAUGAAACUUCGAAAGGCUAUUUUUUCGAGGCCGGAAAAGCAGGAAAAGAAUCAGGAAAGGCUAAAGCCAAGGCUAUUUCCCGUUCCCACAGGGCUGGUUUACAGUUCCCCGUUGGUCGUAUUCACCGUCAUUUAAAGACUCGUACAACAAGCCAUGGCCGUGUAGGUGCCACUGCAGCCGUGUACUCUGCAGCCAUUUUGGAAUAUUUGACUGCUGAAGUAUUGGAGCUGGCUGGCAACGCAAGUAAAGAUUUAAAGGUGAAACGUAUCACUCCUCGUCACUUGCAGUUGGCUAUUCGUGGUGAUGAAGAAUUAGACACGCUUAUUAAGGCAACGAUCGCUGGAGGUGGUGUGAUUCCUCACAUUCACAAGUCUCUUAUUGGCAAGAAGCCACUUCAACCCAAACCGCUUGUUUAA